AUGGACACUUCACGUUCAUCCUCUUUCUAUUCCUCUACUCCUCUAUUCCUCUACUCCGCUACUCCUCUAUUCUUCUACUCUAUUCCUAUAUUCAUCUACUCCUCUAUUCCUCAAUCCAUCUAUUCCUCUACUCAUCUACUCCUAUUAAUCUAUUCCUCUUCUCCUCUACUCCUCUAUUCCUCUACUCCGCUACUCCUCUAUUCUUCUACUCUAUUCCUCUAUUCAUCUACUCCUCUAUUCCUCUAUUCCUCAAUCCAUCUAUUCCUCUACUCAUCUACUCCUAUUAAUCUAUUCAUCUUCUCCUCUAUUCAUCUAUUUACUCUAUUGCUCUGUUCCUCUAUUCCUCUACUCCUCUAUUCCUCUAUUCAUCUAUUCCUCUACUCUGCUACUCCUCUAUUCUUCUACUCUAUUCAUCUACUCCUCUAUUCCUCUACUCCUCUAUUCAUCUAUUCCUCUACUCUGCUACUCCUCUAUUCUUCUACUCUAUUCAUCUACUCCUCUAUUCCUCUACUCCUCUAUUCAUCUAUUCCUCAAUUCAUCGACUACUCUAUUGCUCUGUUCCUCUAUUCCUCUACUCCUCUAUUCCUCUAUUCAUCUAUUCCUCUACUCCUCUAUUCCUCUAUUCAUCUAUUCCUCUACUCCUCUAUUCCUCUAUUCAUCUAUUCCUCUUCUCCUCUACUCCUCUAUUCAUCUAUUUACUCUAUUGCUCUGUUCCUCUAUUCCUCCAUUCCUCUACUCCUCUAUUCCUCUAUUAAUCUAUUCCUCUACUCCUUUAUUCAUCUAUUCCUCUACUCCGCUACUCCUCUAUUCUUCUACUCUAUUCCUCUAUUCCUCUACUCUUCUAUUCCUCUACUCCUCUAUUCAUCUACUCCUCUAUUCCUCAAUCCAUCUAUUUCUCUACUCAUCUACUCCUAUUCAUCUAUUCCUCUUCUCCUCUACUCCUAUUCAUCUAUUCCUCAAUUCAUCGACUACUCUAUUGCUCUAUUCCUCUAUUCUUCUGUUCCUCUAUUCCUCUACUCCUCUACUCCUCUAUUCCUCUACUUCUCAAUUCAUUUAUUCCUCAAUUCAUCUAUUCCUAUACUCCUCAAUUUAUCUAUUCCUCAAUUCAUCUAUUCCUCUACUCCUCUAUUCCUCUACUCCUCUAUUCCUCAAUUAAUCUAUUCCUCUACUCGUCUAUUCCUCAAUUAA